AUGCCAGAAGCGAAUUGGAACAAACCAACGGCGUCCUUCAAAGACACGCCGUGUAGAAAUGUGAUUAUUCAUGGAUACUGCAAGUUUGAGAACGAAGGAUGCGAGUUCAACCACGGCAAAAGCAAGGAACCCGAGGAUAAUGGGCCUGUACAAAGAACAGUUACACCACUCAAUGUGAGGUUUAAUGCGAAAACAAGCUCUAGCUUCACUCCUGGGAAAUCCCCUACAAUGAGAAGUACUGGGGAUUUCUCGUCGCUACCAAGUUUCCAGCCUGGGCAAAGCGUGAUUCCUGACCAAAAUCCUGUGCUUCAGGACGGAUCGAUGAGUUCAUCCGGCAUGUUGAAUGCGAAUGCUGCUUCUUUUGCACCAUCUUUCAAUCCAUACGCGUCAGAAAGUUUCACACCGUCUGUUUCAGCUGGUGGUGGUGCCGGUGGUGGUGCCGGUGUUGGUGGUAAUGGCGGCGUACCGCAUUCUUCAGAGGACCUUAAUGGCUCCAUUCCUUCACCUGUGCCUUCCAAUCCCUAUCCAGGAAGUACAGGAAUGCCACCAGUUGGUAUACUAGGCGUGGGCCACCAUAUGGGGCCUCCUUUACCAUCUCAGGGCCAGUCACAAGGUCAAGGUUCGGUUCCACCACCGCACGCUCACAUCCAUCCGCACCCACAUGCACCACCUCCUCCUCCAGGAUCUCUUCCUAUGAACCCCAUACCACCGUUUCCGACUGUAUACCCACCGACACAUUCUGUGUUGCAGUAUCAUUUGUAUGCUCCAGAUCCGCCUCCACAUUUGAAAAUACCAUUGAAACCUAAUGAACGCACUCCGGAGAUGCUAUUUAUCAACAACAACUUAAGGGAAAGACUUGUCAAAAACAACCAAACUGCGCUACAAGUUUUCCCUAGGGGUUCUUUGCCAGAUAUUGUCGGCGACUACUUUGGGCUAGUUCCUAUGGAUUUCCACAAUAGAACUCCAGAUAAAAAGAGAUACAAUGGACACAAGAACUCGCUCUAUAAAGUGUUUUCUAACCAGGAUGGUAAAAUAUAUUUCAUGCGCCGUAUUCACGAUGUCAAAAUUACAGAAUCAGCACAGGUCUCCCAACCAUUCCAAGCUUGGAGUAAAUUACGUUCGGCCAACGUGACUAUAUUAAGAGAUGCGUUUGUGACUACCGCAUUCAAUGAUAGCUCAUUAUGCAUGGUUUUUGACUAUUAUCCACAAUCUACCUCGUUAUUCGAAGCAUAUGGCCUAGGUGCGUCUGCUCCAGAGCUAUCUCAAGACUACAUAUGGUCAUAUUUGAUCCAACUAACAAACGCUCUUCAAGACGUACACUCCCAUGGAUUAGCUUUGAAGGACCUAGACUGGAAAAAGACUAUAAUAACUGGUGAGCCAGGAAGGAUAAAAAUUACUGACCUUGGUGUAUACGACACGUUAAAUUACCAACAAGAGGGAAGGGUAUUGCAUGAUGAUCAACAGCAAGAUUUUGUCGCCUUAUCGGAACUCAUUAUGGCUCUAGUACACAAACUCACUGGCACAACUGGGCCUAUCGACACGCUAAACUCGUACCAUAUUGACCCGCUGUUCAAAAAGUGCGUGCAGUAUCUGCAGGAUUCAGAAAAUAAGAAUAAGAAUAUCGAGGAGUUUACCAAGAUCUUUAGUCACAAGUUGCUUUCAGUGCUAAACUCAUUGCAGUAUAACGUCGAAUAUACCGAACAACAGUUAUCUAGAGAACUUGAAAAUGCAAGACUCUUCCGUCUAAUGUGCAAGAUAAAUGCUAUAUAUGGCAGAUUGGAAUCUAGAAUAGACAUCAAUUGGUCAGAGUCCGGUGAGAAGUUCCCGAUCAUACUGUUCUUCGAGUAUGUGUUCCACCAAAAAGAUGAAACGGGCAAAAAUAUCAUGGACCUAACACAUGUCCUAAGAUGCCUAAAUAAGCUAGACGCCGGUAUUACAGAAAGAGUGAUGCUUGUAACACCGGACGAAAUGAAUUGUAUCAUAAUAAGUUAUAAAGAACUGAAGGAUUUGAUUGAUUCAACGUUUAGAUCGAUCAUUCAGUAG